AUGUCCUACUACGAGCAGUGCAAGCAGCCCUGCCUGCCCCCUCCCAUCUGCCUGCAGAAGGGGGUGAAGCGGGUGGUGGAGCCGUGCCAGGCCGUGUGCCCCGAGCCGUGCCCGGCGCAGUGCGUGGAGGUUUGCCAGGCCCCCUGUGCCACCCAGUGCAGCUCCUCCUGCAGCCCCCAGUGCGUGGAUGUCUGUGCCCAGCCCUGUGCCCCUCAGUGCGUGGACGUCUGUGCCCCGCAGUGCGUGGACGUCUGUGCCCAGUCCUGCGCCCCGCAGUGCCCGGCCCAGUGCCCCGAGCCCUGUGCCACCAAGUGCCCCGAGCCCUGCCAGGGCCCCUGCGUGGAGGUUUGCCCCACCAAGUGCGUGGAGUCCUGCGACGCCGUGUGCCUGGAGCCCGUCUGCUCCCGGCCCUGCUGA